AAAGACAACCCAUUGACACCUUUACGCACGCAAUUCACCACUUUCUCACUCUCUCACUUCUCAGUCUUCAAUUUUGCUUCCUUCUGUUCAUAUCAACAAGCAAAGCAAGAUCUCAUUCAACAUUCAUCAGAUUCUUUCUUUGCAGCUGAUUUUAGGCAUAAAUGGGUCCCAAAGUCUCUAAUGCACCUCAAGAUUUUUGGAAGCCCUCACGUGGUGGCAGUUCUCCGGCUUCUAACGAUGCAAACAGAUGUUAUGAUCCAUCGACAAAGCAAGCUGAUGUGGCUUCCAAUCCUUUGCCAGCUGGCCUUCCUGCAUAUCAUGCAAGUGAGCAAGGACCAUGGUGUACUGUAAUCUCCUAUGACGCAUGUGUGCGGUUGUGUCUUAAGUAUUUCUUCCAAGGCAGCUCCGAGGCUCGUGUCUUUUUAGAAAAGGAAUGUUCUCUCCUUCAAACCGCUUUUUGUUUGGACCAAAAACUAUUACAACCAGAAGCAGAGUUAUUGAGCAAAAGAGCUUCAGAAUUAGUCGUUCACGGAGUUCUUAAAAAACCCCAGAAAACAUUCGGAAAAUUAAAAGUUGAAGUGAGAAAGGUGAAAAUGGUGGUGGAUGCACCCAACGGUUGCACCUUUUCCUCAAUAAAAAACCCUCCUGUAUUGAAGCUGCAAAAGUUUAACCGCCGUUUGUCGGGGAUGAAAUCAACGGUUCAUUCAGAAUGGGAGGCGCUAAAACAAGUUCGUGUGGCACCGAAAUUUUCGUCUAAAGGAUCACUUUCACACCAAAGUUUGGCUUAUUUACAUUUUGGUACACAUUAUAUGAGAGAUAUGGCAGGCCUCCUAAAAGUAGGUAUAACAAGUUUGCAUAAUGCUCCAACACUUCCCGAACCAGCACAAGAAACAUAUUUAUGUUCUUUGAGGUUAAAAAGUUCAUCUGACGGUGACGUUACACGGAUGCAGCCAGGAUCUUGUGAGACCCAUGUAUUCUUGCCAGAUGGCAUGAGAGAUGAUUUGAUUGUUGAAGUUACCGAUUCAAAAGGAAAGUAUUGUGGUCACGCCAUUGCUCAGAUGGCAGACAUAGCAGAUGAUCUGGGGGAUAAGCUUCGUUGGUGCCCAAUAUACCAUGAACCAGAGCAUGAGCUUGUUGGAAGAAUACAAUUAAACAUACACUAUUCAACUAGCACGGAUGAGAGUAACAAUGUAAAGUGUGGUAUUGUUGCUGAAACUAUCGCAUACGAUUCGGUCUUAGAAGCAGCAAUGAAAGUCCAAAAAUUUAAGCAAAGAAACUUGCUUCUUCAUGGCCCGUGGAAGUGGUUGGUAACUAAAUUUGCUGUUUAUUAUGGAGUUUCUGAUGCAUAUGCUAAGCUAAGAUACCUUUCGUACGUUAUGGAUGUGGCCACACCAACUGCAGAUUGCCUAAAUGUGGUACAUGACUUAUUGUCUCCGGUUAUCGCAUGCAAAGUAAAGGGCACUUUGAGUUCCCAAGAGAAUCGCAUGCUGGUGAGGCUUUCCGACAAGAUCGAACAGACCAUUGCCUUAGUUUUCGAAAACUACAAAUCACUUGAUGAAAAAUCACCGUCAGGAUUGACAGACAAGCCUACACCUGCAUCUGGCUUCAUAUCACCUGCUCUGAAACCUGCUUUGAAACUAUAUAAUCUUUUGCAUGACAUAAAAACUCCAGAAGCACAAAUGCAGUUAUGUAAAUAUUUUCAGACUGCUGUAAGAAAGAUUUUAGGAAGACACCUGGCGGAGACCAGUGAAUUUGUUUCCAGUAGCGGCGAAAAGUCAACAAUGGACCAGAUUGUUUAUUCAAAUGCUUGUCAGAAGAUGAAGUCUCUUUGUUUAACUAUCAGAGAUGAAAUCGUUAGUGACACAAAGAUACAUAAGCAGAACGUUCUCCCCGGCUUCUUAGACCUACCGAAUCUUUCUUCAGCUCUUUAUAGUUUAGAGCUUUGCAAUCGAAUGCGCGGUUUUCUUACUUUAUGCCCGCCUAUUAGCCUCUCACCUCCGGUGACAGACCUAAUUAUCACAACUUGUGAUUUCCAGAAGGAUCUUGCUUACUGGAAUAUUAGUCCUGUCAAAGGUGGUGUUGAUGCCAAAGAAUUGUUCCACAUUCACAUCACACGCCUGAUGCGCGAUAAACGUCUUGAAUUGCUUGAAUCCUGCAAGCUUGAUAAGGGUGUUGGACCACAAAUUUCCACAUCUAUUUUCGUUGAUGACAUGUACAAGAAAUUAGAGGAAACAUUGCGUGAAUAUCAAGUCAUCGUUUCUCGUUGGCCUGAAUACACUUUGGAUUUGGAAAAGGUUAUAGCCGACACCGAAAGGGUAGUUAUGGAAACUUUAGAGAAAAAGUAUAGUGACAUUUUAUCAACACUAAAGGAACACACGAUCCCGGUUAAGGCAGUACAGUACGUCCAAAGAUUUGCAAAAGGAAAUUCGUUACCGUACAGUUUUCCCGAGGAGCUUGGGACUCUUUUUAAUUCAAUGAAGAAGAUGCUCGAGGUGCUACAACCUGAAAUUGAAAAACAGUUUAAAUCACGCAUUUCGUGCAUUUCACAGAGUGAAAAUGCAGUUCCAGGAGAGCUUUUGAGUGAAGUAACUGUAACGUUGAGAACAAAGUUCAGAAAUUAUAUGCAAGGAGCUGUGGAGAAACUUGCUGGAAAUACAAAGUUGCAAAAUACUACAAACCUGAAAAAGGUAAUCCAAGAAGCAAAGGAGAGCGUUGGUGAAUCCGAUAUAAGAAAUAGAAUGCAGCCUUUAAAGGAUAUUCUGACAAAGACGAUUAGUGAUUUGCAUGGUUCUCUCGAAAAUCAUGUCUUUGUUAUCUUUUGUCGAACGUUAUGGGAUCGAAUGGGACAGGAUGUGCUGAAGGUAUUGGAGAACAAAAAAGAGAAUUGGACUUGUAAAGCCUCGCGUGUUGCACUCUCUGUUUUAAAUGAAACAUUUGCAUCAGAAAUGCAAAGAUUAGUUGGGCAUACACUAGAGGAUAAAGAUGUGGAGGCACCCAGAUCAAUAUUAGAGGUGCAGUCGAUAUUGUGCAAAUGAAAGGGGAAAAUACUUUAAUUAAUUAAUAGGGAAACUCAUAUUGUAAUUUUGUGAUUUAAUAUUAAAUAUUUUUAGGUUGUAGGAAUCAAGUUCAAGUCUAAAACUUAUAAUAGUUGAGCAACACCCAUGAA